AUGAGUACUGAUAAAGAAAUUCCGAAACAAAGCGUUUCAACGGACGUUCUUUCUGAAACCGAAAGCACUGAGCAAGCCUGCUUUGUGGGUCAUGUUGGAGUGAAAGUUCCACCGUUUUGGAAGCCUGAUCCCAGGAUUUGGUUUCUGCAGUUAGAAGCACAGUUCCGCCGUGCAAAAAUCACAAGUGACGAAACAAAAUUCGACCUAGUCGUCAGUUCCAUAGAGGCGGAAAUCCUAGCGCAAGUUACGGACAUUUUAGUUACCCCACCACCCAACAACAAAUAUUACGCAAUAAAAGAUCGCCUGAUUUCGACUUUCGCAGACAGUGAAUCCCAAAGGACACAAAAAUUGUUGACCCAAAUUGAACUUGGGGAUCGUAAACCUUCAAUUUUACUCUGUGAAAUGAGAAAUCUUGCCGACCAAAAGGUUAGUGAAAAUUUUCUAAAAACCUUGUUUUUGCAACGCCUCCCAAUGGACAUGCGCAGCAUUCUAUCAGUCAGCAACGAUGAUUUAAAUAAACUGGCCACCAUGGCUGAUAAAAUUUGGGACCUUCGAUCACCCAAUAAUUACAAUUUGGCUUCGGUGUCACAUACUAAUGUGUCGAUGGUUACUUUGGAAUCCCUCCAAAAACAGAUAACAGAUCUCCGAAUACUGGUGGAAAAUUUAAACAAAAGGGGACGUUCCUCAGCUCGUCGUCAGCAUAGUGGGAAGAGCCACAGCAAAUCUGACAGCCGCAAACCCUCCGAUCAGCACGGAAUAUGCUACUUCCAUUCAAAGUUUGGUGAUAAAGCGUAUAAAUGCUUACAACCAUGCAGUAUGUCUCUUCAACUACGGCGUGAGGGCCCCGACGUGCAGGAAAACUGA